ACUAUUCCGUUCAGUUAUUCGUGUUGCGUAGAAUCGAUUGAUUCCAGUUCUCUCAAUCGCAUGCGAUGCGUAUAGUGCGGUAUCAUGCUCGACGUGAACUCCACUAUUCUCCUUCCUAAAAGCUGUCGAGGGAGAUGUUCCCGUCGUCUUGGAUGAAAAUGCGGUCAUGUUCGGAUAUCCGCCCCAACCCCGGAACCUCAAAAAAGGAAAUGUACGAAAAGACAUCAACGACAGGUGUUGUUGCCUGCCGGCUAAAUAAUAUAUGCAGGUCCAGUCCGCCUUUUUUCUCACCCAAGAACGCUUCGACCGAAAUAGCAACGUCUUACAUACGCGUCUGUGUAGAUCCUAUACGUAGUAGUCCCACGCGUGCAGGCCCAGCUAAUCAACGUAUAAUAGCCGGGAACCGGCCACACCAACAAGCAUAAGGCCCAGGAGAACUUCAUCGAUUUAAUAUGCGUAGAUGAGCCUUGCGCAUAGAGCAAAGUCUUAGAACGGAUUCGCUGUGCUUCUUGUUUUGGGAAUCUAUCCGCUGUGUAUCCUCGCAGCGGGGUUUGUAUGAAUAUAAGAUAUGUUUGUAUAUCGGACAUUGAAAAAAUAAGCGUCUCAAUUUUAGUUGAGAUUAUCUGCUUUGAAACUCGAUUCAACGCAGUUUUCACAGGAAGCAAAAUGUUGCUGCACACUCUUCUUACAGGGCUAUGUGCCGUCGCAUUCGUUGCAGCGGAUAUUCCGAGUACAGUUGAAGACCAUCCGACGGAAUGCAAGAGAUGCCCCUACAAUCUCUGCACGAACAAAGUAAUCUACGAUCCCGAGACCAAACCGAACAUGACUUUGAAGUGCUACACCGAGGGCGACGAGAUUGUUGGUGAUACGUCAGUUGCCGACGUUCGCGAGACCGAACGAUUAAAUGCUUACGAAUGA